UGAGCGGUUCUCGCGCUCCUCCUGGUGGAUGUGGAAUUGUACGGAAUUCCCGGCCCGACAGGCAGCAACUAUUGCGCAUGCGCGGACGAAAACUCCAUGAUUUUUUUUUUGGCACAGGAUCCUAAGGAAAAAUAGGAACUUGGAAACGGAGAUAAACUAAAAGCGAGCUCAUAAACACUUAAUCAACACAUCGCUCGCAUACGCACGCGGAAAAGACGCUUAGGAGAGCGCAGAAGCUUUGAAUGAAGCGAUCGCGCGCUCCGCGGCCGAGCAGGAUUCACGCGAAACUGGACGACAAUGCAAGGGGCGCAAUAAAACCAAGCGGUUAUUGCUCUUUGUUUUUAAGCAGGACGACUCGGAUGGUGCGCGGGAUGAAGACGCGAGGAAGUGGCUAAAAUCACACGGCGUUAAUAACAGCUCCAGGAACUGCGACAUUUGCGACUCAAGCGCGUUGAGACGCUUGUUCAGUCUUCAGUCUGCGUUGUGCAGCGCGCCGAAGAAGCAGGAAACUUCGUAAACACAGAGUUUCAGAUUGUCAACUUCUGGGGAGUUUCGUAGAAGCAUCGCAGUCCAUUUGAGAAGAGCAGAGAGGAUUGUUUGUCACGACAGAUUUGUUGUAUUGUUGUGUGGUGUAAAUGUCCUCCAAAGAGUGUAUUUCACGACUGGUGUUGACCAAGGCUGUAUAAAAAUGAAAAGGAGCUGGAUGUGUGUGAGCAGAAAAUGACGGGGGGCAGUGAGAGUGCAGCAGGAGAAAAAGAUGGAGGUACGAUGCUCAUCGCUCAGAUCCCGGUUGGCUGGCAGAGGAAGGUGGAAGAUGGGGCUGUGUCUUACAUCAGCCCAAGUGGUACAGUCCUUCGAUCUGUGGAUGAGGCGAGGGUGUAUCUGCGGACAGAUGGCACAUGUAAAUGUGGUCUUGAGUGCCCGCUAGUCCCAAAUAAGGUCUUUAAUUUUGACCCUGCUGCGAUGGUCCGAGUUCCUGGUCAUCAAUCAGGGAAAAUAGAGGAAGAUAUGACCAAACUCUGUAACCAUCGCAGGAAAGUUGAUGCCAUGGCGGCAUUAUGCCAAAGCAUGCAGCCCUCCCAUCUUCCCUCGCUGGCUCAAGCCACAGGAGGGGUUAUAUACUCCGUGGACAGCAGAGAGCCGAGAGGAUCAAUGGUGGCUCAUGGAGACGGAGUCCACUGCACUUACCCUCAGCCCAGACACAACCAUCCCAUUGGUUUUCCUCUGUCAUCUCCUCGCUCUGUUGUGCAAAAUGGUUCUGUUGGCCUCCCCCCAGUUUCACGGCCUCCAGAACAGUGUUCACCUUUAAAGAAACCCCAAACGCCAGUGGGCUGCAUGCCUGGUUACGCGAAACAGCAGUGGAGCCCUCAUCCACCACUUUCCCAAAACAUCCCCCAAAGGACUUCCCCUAACAGUGUACACAAGCAUAAACUUCCUCCAGACCCCUCCAACGCCUUUUCUUUAUCCCCCUCUUCAUCCUUAACUCUAAGUGGUCGAGGAGCUCCGCCAAACUCCCAGGGAGCGAGUGUCAAGUCGCCUUCUCCUCUCUCACCCUCACGUACCUUGGACAAUUUCUCAGCCCGCCAGCGCUCUCGCCACUCUUCGACGUCCUCGCUCUCAGAGCAUGGGGUCCAAGGGUCCGUCUUCAUUCAGGGAGGCAAACCAUUGCAACCCACCAUGCCGUGCUCCUCUCCCAAGCUUCCUCUUACGCCUUCCAGUCCAUGUAGUCGCUUGGAGGGCAUUCUGCAGCACUACAAAGAUUGUAGCACGAGCUCCGGUGCUAACCAAAGCAACCAUCAGAUGUCGUUGGUGCAUCCCAACCCAGGCGACAAGAGGAAUGGACUUAGUUCUGCUCAAGCCACAGGACUGCUUGGCCUUCCACUAGGACAGAUUCUCAACCAACAGAAGAGCCAGCAAAAGGGCCACAUCACUAACUCUUUCCCAGCCAGCAGCCUCCUUUCUGCGGCCGCUAAAGCCCAGGUGGCCAACCAGAAAACCCAGCUCAAUGCAGCCGAUGCAUUGACCGCACUCCCUCUUACGGCCUUGGACAAGGAGCAGCAGUCAAAGGUAUUGAUUAGCACUUUAAACAGUAGCGUCCACCCCACUUCCGCCAGAGCACAGUCCCUGACCGCCCUUUUGCUUCCACACUCCACUUCCCUUUCCCCGGCUUCCCCUGCUGUCACAGAGAAAAACUUAAGGCGCAAACGGCAGAGGCGCUCGCCCACCGUUAUUAACAUGCUCAAAGAUACACAGUUAGGUUGGACCGCAGAAGAUCUCUCCGGGCCGCCUCUGCUCAUCUCCCCAUGCCUUUCGCCAUCUUCUCCUUCUGCACCUCAUUUAGACAACCACCGGCUGUCCGUCGCUCCUCCGAAUGCCUCCAGGUUGCAGGAUUCGGAGGAAGGCAGGAAGCCAGGACUUGCUAAUUCCCUCCCAUCUCCAUCUCAGCCCCUUUCUGCCCUGCUUCAGCUUCUUAGCAUGCAAAGCGCAACCCAGCAAUCCGGCGUUGCCACUGCCAUGCCCAGCAACAGGCACACAAACACAUUGCCCUCUUCACCGAGACCAAUCACUCCACAGACGCCCCAAUGCGACAUGCAGUCCACAUUGCGUUUACCCAACCACACCCCGCAACCACAACCCCAAAGCACAGUGCCCAUGCCAGAACCUACUAUACAGCGACCCCCAUCCCAACCUUUUCCUUUGAUGGGUGAUGAGACAACCAUGAACCUCAAAACAACCUCCAGCAAUGCCAUCCUGAACUUGAGCCAAACGCCGUCGGACCUCAACAGUUCAAUUCUGAGCAUGAUGAACCAGAUAUCCUCAACAUGCUUGCCCUCAUUCCCGGAGAAAGGUUGUGGAUCCAAAACAACAGACACUUGUCUUGAACAUGGUACCUUCCAAAUUAAGCAGUCAAACCACAACCAAGCUGUGGAAAGUAAAGGUCCUAUAGAGUCAAUGGAUCAGCCAGACGUGGAUGCAAGAUUGCUAGGAGGCUGUGAGCCGGACCACAGCCUCUCUCUUCCCAAUGCCCCCUCUUCCGACCUUUCUAACCCUACAACAGACCCCCAUGUUUCCCUUGCAGAGGCUUUUCCCUUCAUGUCUCAAGAACAGCUCCUCCAGCUUCUCUCCUCCAACGCCGGUCUGCCUUCUCUGUUACCUCCCUUUCUCAGCUCCCUGCCUUUAGGGGUUUGGAUGAGCAGCCAACCUUCGGUGCCCGGCGGUGCCCAAGCCCAGCCAACCAGUGUCAUCCUAAACCAAGGCUCUCCUCUUAACGUCCUAAACCAAGGCGAGCUUCCCAUCAACCUUGUGAGCCUGUUAAAUCCGCCAGGUACUGCUGCGGCUGAAGCAGAGGUGGAAGGUGGUGAAAAACCCCCUGGGCUUCAAGCCCUUCUCAUGGCUUCGUUGCUUCUCGGCCAGAAUCCGGCUGCCAUGUUGCCACUACCAGCGCUCAACCUGGAGCUUCCUACACUGCAGCAGGUCUUUGCGGACGGAGUGUCCCUGGAGAAGACCCCCGCUCUGCUGGAUUCUGUCCUGAUGGGGCCAGGGCUCCUGGAGGCUCUUCAAACUCUAGCGCCCAGCGCAGACGGCCAGUCUCUGCUUCUUUCCACCCAUUUCACUCCACCCCCUCAUGCCUUUCUGUCGCUCAACCCUGCUCUGCUGACAGCAGCUCUCGCCCAGACCGAACCCCUACCCAACCAUCCUCCGUCCCCCCCUCCUCAUUCUCAGGGGACUCUGUCCAGCCCAGCUCUAGUUUCUACCUCGGUGUCCUGCGGCCCUCUGGUGUCCAGCACAGAAGUGUGUUACCCCCUGGCCGAGCAGGACAAGAACAACACCCAGACACCUCACUUCCUGCCACCUCUGCUCGCCCCCGGGGUUCUUGGUCACCUCACAGCUCUGGGGAACAUCAGCAGUCUUCACGGUUUAUUAGGAGCCGGACCCCUUCUUCUGCCGCAGGGCCCGCUAACACAGAACCAGACAGCGCUCAACCCGCUCACCUGCCUGCAGCUGACGAUGGCGCCGGGGCUCAUGGGAGAGAAGCCUGUGGCUCUUCACGAGACGCCUUCGUCACAAGAUCAGCUUCCCUCGGCUUCGAUAUCCCAGGAUUCCCUGCUCAACCCCGUCCAGCAGAGAGAGACGUCCACGGGCUCCGGUCCAGGGCUGUUUGACCCAUACGGCUCCUUCAUGGACACCAUCUACACUUCCUUCCUGCAGGUGAACGAGCGUGAUUCGUACCCGGAGCUGCCUCCGCCCCUCAGCCCUCGCCGCGCCUGCUCCGUCCACAACCCAGACCUGACCCGCCUCGGCUUGGACACGGCCCGAGGGACGCCCAAACCCAGCGAGGACCCGUCGCCCCCGCCGCCGCCCUGCGACGCCCCGCUGGAGGAGGCCAAAACCGACGGCUCGGCCACAGUCUACAGCAACGGGAUCGUCUCCGGAGCGGAGGGGCGAGGAGGAGAGGAGGAGGAGGAUGGGCGAAGGCCACAGGGAUAUUUGAGUCCGGGUGAGCGGCUCAGAGAGGGAGUCGAGGACAUCAGAGACGCAGAGCAAGUCCAGGCUGAAGACGUGCACACAGGAGCCAGAAGGGGGCGCAAGAGGAAGCAGUCGCUGCAGAGAGGAGCGGACCUGCUGGGCGGCAUCGAUGAGCCGAUGAUGGUGUUGUCCAGAUCCCCUCGGUCCGUCAGAGGGAAAAGACGCCGCGUCGUCCGAUAGAUCCAACCGUACUUUCCCGCCAACACCAGCACUGUUGCCACGGCAACACCCUCUGAGCCGCACUGUGAAGAAUCUCCAUGAUUCGCUCCUCCGUCUGUCUGUGUUCCUCACCUUCUGUUACUACGACUGCCACUGAUGUUACAUCGUUACAUGUUCAGACCGUUACCAGGCAACCAAUGACAACUAUUGAUAAAUUGUUGCCAGUUUAGGAAUAGUUUAUUGUUUGUUUACUCAGUUACUUUUUGCUUAUUGUUUCAUGAUUGAGGUCCGCUCUGAUUAAAAGGAUUA